UUUCAAAAUCGCAGGUGGCAGCAGUGCAGCGGGCGCCGAGCGGAGCGGAGCGGAGCGGAGCCGGGCUCGGGGCCGUGGUCGUGGCCGGAGCGGGCAGCUGUGCUCAGAGGCAAAGAGAAAAGAUGCCAAUGCCACGCAGUACCAAGACUGUGGGCAGUAAACAGCCCCGGCCUGGCAAAGCUGUCCCAGUGGUGGAGAAUGGCAGAUCUGAGAAGGAGGAGAACAGUCAAACAAAGCGGUCCCCGUCCUCACCUCAGGGUGCGCCCAAGAAGAGGUCAGCAUUUGGAGACAUCACGAAUGCUCAUAAGAACCAGGUUGUCGUGGGAAAGAAGGAGGCUGUGAAGGCAGGUCCCAAGAAGGCACAGAAGGGCACCGCCACACUGGGGGUCCUGAAAAACAAUGAGAUCAACUUGAAAAAGUCGAUGAAGAAAACUCCCCCAAAGGAGGCACACGCUGAACUCAAACCCAUCCCCAAGAACAAUGCUGUACAGGAGAAGCCAGCACCUGUGCAGAUGCCAGUGGUAGAGGACAUUGACAAGUACCAGCUGGAGGACCCGUACGCCAAUGCUGUGUAUGCCAAGGAGAUCUUUGAUUAUAUGAGAGGGAGAGAGGAGAAGUUUUUGCUCUCGGACUACAUGAAGAAGCAGCCUGACAUCAGCUGGGACAUGAGAGCAAUCCUGGUGGACUGGAUGGUGGAGGUGCAGGAGAACUUUGAGCUGACCCAUGAGACGCUAUACCUGGCAGUGAAGCUGGUGGAUCACUACCUGUUGGAGGUGGUCAGCAUGAGAGACAAGCUACAGCUCAUUGGUUCCACAGCCAUCCUCAUUGCUUCCAAAUUUGAGGAGCGCUGCCCCCCAUGCGUGGAUGACUUCCUCUACAUCUGUGAUGAUGCCUACAAGCGGGAGGAGCUGAUCGCCAUGGAGAUAAGCAUUCUCCAGACCCUGGAGUUCGACAUCAACAUUCCCAUCCCGUAUCGCUUCCUGCGACGGUUUGCCAAGUGUGCUCAUACCAGCAUAGAGACACUGACUCUGGCACGCUUCAUCUGUGAGAUGACUCUGCAGGAGUAUGACUACAUCCAGGAGCGCGCCUCCAAGCUGGCUGCCAGCUGCUUGCUUUUGGCACUCAAGAUGAAGGACCUUGGCGGAUGGAGCCCUACCCUGGAAUAUUACAGUGGCUACACAUCUCAAGAGCUGCAUCCCCUGGUGAAGAGGCUGAACUUCCUGCUGACCUAUCAGCAUGUUGACAAGCUCAAGGCUGUGCGCACCAAGUACUCCCACCGGGUCUUCUUUGAAGUCGCUAAGAGUGUGCCCAUGGACAUGCUGAAGCUGGAGGAAGCUCUGAAGAGCUAGCCCUGGGACAUGGGGUGAGGAGCUCUCCUGCGGGGCUGCCGGCCCAGACUCAUGGCAUGGGACAUUGAACAGCCUGUAUGUAUAUAGCUUGUAAAUAGCAAUGUGCUCCCUUUGCCCAAGGGGAGUCUGUACAUAGACAUUUUUUAUUAUUAAAGGAAGGGCGGGGGGAGGAAAAAAUAGUGGUAGUGUUAAUGGAAACUAGAAGAUGUCAAUAAACUAUUGUGUAUCUCCCCUC